UUAUUGUCUUUGCCUAUGUUUUAGGUUUGUCAAUCGCCGCCGCUUGGAUAAUUCUCCAGAAUUUAGUACUGUGAUUAAUGUUUAAUAUUUUAUCACAUAGUGGAUGCAGGCACUUCAUUUGUGAAAGUUGGACAAAUUCUAGGAAUAGUAUAAAUAAGCUACAUAAUUUGUCACGAAGUAGAGUGGAGGCCGUAGCAAACGGUGUCAUACAAUGGCAGAGUAUUUAGCUGCUAUAUUCGGUACAGAAAAGGACAAAGUAAAUUGCUCCUUUUACUUCAAAAUUGGAGCAUGUCGACACGGUGACCGCUGUUCUCGUAUUCACAACAAACCUACAUUUUCACAAACUGUGUUACUGCAAAAUCUGUAUGUGAACCCACAGAACUCAGCCAAAUCUGCUGAUGGCAGUCAUUUGGUGGUAGCCAAUGUGUCUGAUGAGGAAAUGCAGGAGCAUUAUGAUAAUUUCUUUGAAGAUGUUUUUGUUGAGUGUGAAGACAAAUAUGGGGAAAUUGAAGAGAUGAAUGUAUGUGACAAUCUUGGUGAUCACUUGGUUGGAAAUGUUUAUAUCAAGUUUCGCCGGGAAGAAGAUGCUGAGAAAGCAGUAAAUGAUUUAAACAACCGUUGGUUUGGUGGUCGUCCAGUUUAUGCAGAGCUGUCUCCUGUGACGGACUUCCGUGAGGCCUGCUGCCGUCAGUAUGAGAUGGGCGAGUGCACCCGCAGUGGCUUCUGCAACUUCAUGCAUUUGAAGCCUAUAUCUAGAGAACUAAGGAGAUACCUGUACUCGCGGCGCAAGGGUUCCCGCCGCUCCCGCUCCCGCUCCCGCGACCGCCGCCGCCGCUCCCGCUCCCGCGAGCGCCGCCGCGAGCCGCCGCGCAACUCGCGCUCGGGCCGCUACUAACCGCCAAAUACCGAACCAGGACGCUCCGACACUGUCCUAGAGGUGUGUUCGUGCCUAUUUUGCCAUCAUCUUGUUGAUGAAAGUAUCUGAUAGAAGUUAUCACUGCUGAAAAUCCCAGCUAUUUUGAAAAUAUAAUACUAAGCGUUACACUUAGUUCGGAAACAAUGUAGAAACAAAUAAAUAUGUUUCAAAAUCAAUUAGCGCAAGUGUCGUUUUUCAAUAUGGCUGGAAGUAAUAAGUAAUUGGGUAAUUUAUCAAUACUUCAUUAUAGGCAUGUGAAGAGAACUUAAUUUUCUCAGAUUUUUUUAUCAUCAGAAAAAAGAAAAUUAAGAUAGUCAAAAUAAGGCAAUCACACCACAAUAAUAUGUUUCCAAUUAGUUCAUUUGUACUAUAUUUUAAGGUUUUCUCAUACUUCUAUAAUUAUCAAUUUGGUGUAUGAUUGACACAAUUGGAGUUCAAAAUGUUCUUAAAUGUAAUAAUAUGGUAAAUUCUGUUGUAAUAUUAUGCUGUACAGUAUAGAUUCCGAUACCCACAUACAAUUUUUUUUCGUUUUGUAAGCCUGUUUAGCUCCGUGGGGUAUAGAUAAAUCUAAACAUCUACAUAGAAUAGUAAUUUAAUGAGUCACUUUUCAUAAGGAAACAUUGCUUAAUGAAGUAUUAGGGUAUUACUCCCAAAGCAAGCAUUUGCAAAUACUUAACUAGCUAUCUAGCUCUUGAUAGUUUUAAUCUGAACAUUAUAUAACUUGGACACCAUUGUGUCAUCAACCUUACUGCAAUGUAAGUCCAAAUUAUCUAAGACAAUGCAUUUGUAAAAACAAAAUGUGGAAAAUAAUCAUUAUAAGUUUAAUUUCUUUAA